AUGUGCAACCUAAAGCUGCCAGUUAUCUUCAUUGUGCUCUCUGUUGCUUUAAGCUACUUGGAGGCUACACCUAUGGAAAGUCACCGCUUGGAGAAACGGAAAUGCAACACUGCUACAUGUGUGACGCAACGUUUGGCUGACUUUUUAGUUCGAUCCAGCAACAACAUCGGAGCAAUUUAUUCACCUACCGAUGUGGGAUCCAAUACAUAUGGCAAGAGGGACCGAGUUGGGCUUUUAAACAGAGAACCCCUAAAUUAUCUACAGCUUUAGUGUGUUGAAAUGAUUACUGCUGCACUCCUCAUUAGGGAUUUCUCCCCAGUUUUUAUGUAUAAAUAAUCUUUUAGUCAUU